AUGUCUAAAUACCACCAGUCUUCAAAUCCAUUCGAAAGCGACGAAGAUGAAGGAGAUUUUACUGUCGUCGGGAAGACAGCCGGUUCAAAGACAGCGAGCAGCUCCACAAGAACAAGUGGUUCCUCUUCUACUACUUCUAUCAACAGAACAUCAAACAUUUCGCCCUCUACCUCUGGACACAGCUACCCGCAAAGAUCGCAGCAGCAGAAUUAUUCAGGUACCCAGUACUACGAAGACGACAGUCCGUUUGAUGACAAACGACAGCAGCUGCAGAUGAAGAUAGCUAAUUCGGAAAAUACUCAGCUAGAAAGUACACAACGAGCUCUGGCCAGUAUAUACGAGUCAGAGGCCAUGGGUGUUGCAACGGCAGAGGAGCUGCUUCGGCAAGCAGAAACCCUGAACAACAUAGAAGGUAAAACAGACAGCAUGCAACAGAACAUGAAGACUUCCCAGCGCCAUCUCAACAAUAUCAAAAGUGUCUUUGGAGGCAUCAAAAACUGGUGGUCUGGGGGUGACAAGAAGGUCGCAGAAACUAACCAGCAAGCAGAAAGUGCUAACAGGUUGCGGGCCACAAUUGAGAAAACGGAGAAGUCGAGACCUGAUGUAAGUGGUUUCUAUGACAACGAUAAUGACCUGGAUUCGAAGUUUAUGGCUGGAGCUAGGAAGCCUGCGAGUGGACAGUACACGAUGAUUGCCCCAGUCACAGGAUCUGCUAGAGAAGAGGAAAUUGAUAGUAACUUGGGCAUGAUGUACGACGGGAUGUCUAGGCUAAAGGGCCUGGCCUUGGGCCUGGGAGAUGAGAUAGAGAGACAGAAUGAACAGCUGGACAGAAUCAAUGUCAAGGUGGAAAAGACCGAUGUUCUGAUCACCAACCAGAACACACAGAUGAGGCGGAUAUUGAAGAAAUAA